AUGGGCCCCUGUACCGCCUCCUCUUGCUGCUGCCAGGCCCGUAAUCUGCCAUGGGCCCCCGUACCGACUCCUCAUGCUGCUGCCAGGCCCGUAAUCUGUCAUGGGCCCCUGUACCGCCUCCUCAUGCUGCUGCCAGGUCCAGAGUGUGUCAUGGGUCCCUGUACGGCCUCCCAUUGCUGCUGUCUCCAUCGCCACACUCUGCCAUGUGCCACUUUCAGGUCUCCUCACACUGCUGGUGGCUUCCAUUUUGUCAUAGGGUGCUGUAUGGCCUCCCAUUGCUGCUGCCUCCACCGCCACACUGUGGAUCCACACUCUGGUUUUGGCCCCGUGACUGCCCAAAUGAGUGAAGUGUGCGGUGAUUCUAAGAUCGACGGCACUCUCUGCAUGUCAUACUGAGUUCUGACAGUAUUAUUUCUCUUCCCAGCAGACUCCAAGGGCAUUUAAAUUAAAAGUACAGUGUUCUGCAUUAAUAUAA